AUGGAUCAACAACCUGGUGCAGUCGAAGAACAAGCCGCCGUGCCUCCCGAGGAACCUUUGCAUUCGACGUCUCUGACUUCCUCAAGCUCGGACGUUAAUGACGUGGAUGCCGCCGAGCGUGCAUUUGCUUCGCACAAGCAGUCGCGGGACCUAUCACACCUUGAAUCCGCCAUAGCUCUAUAUCAACGAGCGGUGGACACUGCACCAGUACCAACAGCGCAUCUGCUGGGCCGGCUGGGGCAUUGUCUAUAUCUAUAUUACCUAGCUCGAGGGAAUGUUCACAAUCUCCAAUGCGCCAUUGCGGCGAAGCAAAGCGCCCUCCAACUCGUUACAGAAGGACACCCAGACAGGGCUUUGCGUCUGCACAAUCUCAGUGUUUCAUUGCGAAGACGCUUCGAAUCCCUCGGGACAGUUGAAGACCUCAAAAGCGCCAUCGAAAUUCAACAAGACGCAGUCGAGCUCACUCCGGAUGAUGAUCCUAGCUUACCAGUGCGCCUCGACAACCUCGGCAGCUUGCAAUGGCUUAGGUGUCUACGGUUCGGAGACCUCGAAGACCUCGAAAGGGCUAUUGUGAGUCACCAGCGUGCAACCGAACUGACUCCCGAACACCAUCCCGAUAAAGCGGCCUGGCUGAACAACCUCGCCUGGUCCUUGCGCCGUCGGUUCGAGCAUCUCCAUGACCCCGCCGACCUCGAGCGCGCCAUCCCGAUCCAAAGCCGUGCGGUCAAACUCACUCCAGACGCCCAUCCCGACUUGCCAGGGUGCCUCAAUAACCUCGGUGGCUUGAUUUGGCUUCGUUUUCGACGCUUCGGGGAGCUCGAAGAUCUCGAGAGCGCCAUUGCAAGUCAACAGCGUGCAACCGAGCUGACUCCUGACAACCAUCCCGAUAAAGCGAACUGGUUGCACAACCUCGCUUGGUCCUUGCGCAGUCGCUUUGAGCGUCUUGACGAUCCCGCCGACCUCGAGCGCGCCAUCACAAUCCAACGCCGCGUGGUCGAACUCACUCCGAACAACCAUCCCGACUUGUCGGUGCGCCUCGACAACUUCGGCAGCUUGCAGCUGCUUUCGUUUCGACGCUUCGGAAAGCUCGAAGAUCUCGAGAGAGCCAUCGCGAGUCAACAGCGUGCGACCGAGCUGACUGCCGACGACCAUCCUGAUAGAGCAACCCGACUGCACAACCUCGCUUCGUCCAUGCGCAGUCGCUUCGAGCGUCUUGGCGAUUCCGCCGACCUCGAGCGCGCCAUCACGAUUCAACACUCCGCGGUCGAACUCACUCCGGAUGACCAUCCCGACUUGCCAGGGCGCCUCGACAACCUCGGCGUACUACAGUGGCUUUCGUUUCGACGCUUUAGAAAGCUCGAAGAUUUCGAAAGCGCCAUUGUGGAUCACAGACGAGCUGUGAGUCUUGCUGUGGUCAAUCAACCCGACAAAGCCGUCUGGCUGCAUAACUUGGGACUCAUUCUGGCGGAUGACUUUCGCCGAGAAAGGACGAUGGAACGCUUUACUGAUGCUCUUUCCUAUUUGAUGGCUGCCUCCUCUCAAUCACUUGCCUCGCCGGCAAACCGUCUUCAGAUAGCCACAAAUGCUAUCAUGUUCCUCGACGAAAGCCCUGAGCUCCGGACAGCGGGGAUGCUGCUAUCUGCCCACUCUCGGGUUGUCGAUGUUCUCUCCGAGCUUGUCUGGCUUGGACAUAACAUGAAACGUCGUCUGGAAGAGUCUCAGAAGCUUGGACAGCUCGUCAGUUCUGCGGUGUGUGUCGCCAUUGGUGUCAAUGCUCUGGAACAAGCCAUGGAAUGGCUCGAUGCAGGAAGAGGCCUCAUAUGGACGCAGACGAUGUCGCUGCGUUCACCUCUUUACGAGCUCGAGCAAGUCCGUCCAGAUCUCGCGCGUGCUCUCGAGGACGUGCAAGUCCAACUGCGGAAUUCCAUCAAUGCGUCGUCUGGGAGCGAUGCUACUGAAUUGAUGAAUGUGGCUCCCGUCACAGGGCAGGACAAUUACUCGUCAGAUUACCUUCGAGGGCUCGCCAUCAAACACGGAAAUCUGCUCGCAGAAGUCCGUCGCCUGCCUGACUUCGAGAACUUCUUACUCCCAAAGAAGCUCUCCGCUUUGUUGCCCUCCUCUUCACCUCUGAGCGGCACCAUGGUCUUUAUCAACGUUGAUCAUACUCGAUGUGAUGCGUUGAUUCUUUCUCCCGAUGGACGUAUUGCCGUAGUCACUCUGCCGCAGCUGUCUCUUGACAAGACAGAGACGCUACGUGCUCAGUGGACAGCAUAUCUCAAGCAGGAGAAAGUUCGCGAGCGAGCCAGCUCGCAACGAUAUCGGCCUCGGUCUGGCGGUGCUGUGUCUCCUUAUGGUAUCCUAGACCGUCUUUGGAGGUGGAUUGUGGGUCCAAUACUGAAAGCACUACACAUUGACAUCGUAGACGCAGACACCGACCGCCUCCCCCACAUCACCUGGUGCCCCACUGGACCCUUGACGCAGUUGCCACUGCAUGCUGCGGGCCUGUACAACGAGGAUUCGGGGCCUCGCCUCUACAGAUUUGUAGUCUCCUCGUACACGCCGUCGCUCUCAGCAAUGACGCGCAGCAUCGACGCCUCCACGCAGCAGCACACAGCACCCGGCAUCCUCGUAGUCACGCAGCCCGCCACACCCGGUUUAUCAAGACUCCCGGGAACGACGAUUGAGGGAACGCGGCUGCGCGAGGUCUUCGCCGCCUCACAGACGCCUUCCAUGGCUCUGAAUGGAAACGAAGCAACGACCGAUGCGGUGAAGCUUGCGCUCAAAGAGCACUCCUGGCUGCAUCUCGCGUGCCAUGGUCGUCAAGAGGUCACUGACCCUUUGAAGAGCGCUUUUGCGCUGUACGACGGCCCACUAUCGUUGUCGGAUCUGAUGGUGAUCACGGCCGAUAACGCCGAGCUCGCGUUCCUUUCCGCUUGCCAGACCGCCGUCGGGGACGAGAGGAUUCCUGAAGAGUCGAUGCACCUCGCAGCAGGUAUGCUCGCCGUGGGGUACAAGGGUGUCAUCGCGACGAUGUGGUCGAUCAUGGAUGAAGACGCGCCGUUGAUCGUCGAGGCGUACUACAAGACGCUGCUCGAGCUUCGCGCGACUGGGACGCUCGGCGCAGGAGAGACGGGCGCGGCGUACGCUCUACACGAGGCAGCCCAGCGGUUGAGGGAGAAGGUUGGAGAGAAGGACGUCGUGAGGUGGGCGCCGUUCGUGCACUUCGGGAUAUGA